AUUGAGUGGGUAACGUGAAACCAGGAAAACGCACUUUUUGAAAACGGUCUGAACUAGCAGCUGCUGGCUUUCCGUAGCGUGACGCGCUGCUCUUGGCGGGGACUUUUGUAAAUAUCAACAGUUCGGCUGCAACAUGGAGGAGACCGAGAAGAAGACCGAAUCACAUUCAUUUGAAAAUAAUGCGGAUAAAGUUGGUAUCCAUGAGAAUGUUUCAUCUGAAGCGUCAGCUCGCCGUAAUGAUGGGGUUAAAUCAUCUCAAUCUAAACCGAGACUCAAACUGUUUCAAAAGGUGAUGGAAAAGAGCCUACAGUGGCUAGUGGACAACGCCGGUUUCGACAGAUUUUCCCAUUACCUUCAGCCACUGUCAAAGCAGAACCCGCAGCUGACUGAAGCCAUGCACAAGCAGUUCAUCAGCCAGCUCCAGACUUUAGUCCAGAAAGAAAUCGGCAGUGUGAUUGAGGAGGGAAACCUAAAAGUAAAGCUCGAAGAGUUGGACAAACUGGAGGAGCUUGCAAAAGGCAUAUCAGAACCUGCAUGGCGACCAAGCGGUGUUCCAGAGCAGGAUGUGUGCAGUGACUUAGUGUCAUAUUAUAAGAAGCAGGAAGAGUAUAUGCGGCUGCAGCUGAAGAAACUGCAGAAGGAGAAUGCAGCCCUUGCUCAGAAAGUGCAGGCUGGUCGAGAGAGCAUCACAGACACAGAGCAAGGCAUAGCAUCAGCAGUAGAAGAAUGGAGGACAUCUCUUCAGGAUCUGGAAGCAUUUGUCUUGACACUUUCUCCUUCUGAGUCUUUCUAACAUCCAUGGACUUUUUUUAAUUUUGUGAACCUGCAUGGUUUCAUUGUAAUAAUAUCCCCCUAGUAUGUGUAUACUCUAUUUCAUUAAAUAUCACUUGUGCUUUUUUUA